GAAUUCGCCCAACUGCUUAGCCGGACAGUAAAUCAUGGCUUUGAGGCCGUUUACGAGCUAACAAAGAUGUGCACCAUUCGAAUGAGUUUUGUUAAAGGCUGGGGCGCAGAGUAUCAUCGCCAAGACGUUACCUCGACUCCUUGCUGGGUUGAGAUUCACCUCAAUGGUCCCCUUCAGUGGCUUGACCGUGUUCUUACCCAAAUGGGCACCCCCAGGAACCCUAUUUCCUCUGUAUCUUAA